AUGAAAGAUGCCAUGUCUACUCUUCAUGAUACUAAUUUGCAGUACAUUACUAUGCUUAAGCAGAAAGCUAGGAAUAACUGCUUGGUGGAUGGGGCUAGCAAUACGGCCUAUUUUCAUAACUGCAUUCAAACUCAAAGAAGUAGCAACGUUAUUUCUGAAUUGGUUGACAAUGCAGGUAACGUCAUUACUGAUAAUGUUCUUUUACGUGAUCAUGUGGUUAGCUACUAUGAGGAUAAAUUUAAUGGGCCCGAGGAUAUUAUUGAGGACACUUUGUUCGAUUAUAAUCAUGAAAGUAUAUCUCCGGAGGAAAGUCUGGAGAUGGAUGCCAUUCUGGAUGCUGAAGAAAUUAGAAAGGUUGUUUGGGACUUGGGUGCUGAUAGUGCGUCAGGGCCGGAUGGUUUUUCUGGGUGUUUUUAUCGACAAUGCUGGGAUGUUAUUCAAGAAGAUCUUAUUCAAGCUAUUACUUACUGUUGGACUGUGAAAAACAUUUCUAAUGGGUUGAAUUCUAGUCUUUUGAUUCUUUUGGCUAAGGUACGGGGAGCUAACUCUCUUCGUAGUUUUAGGCCAAUUGGUUUGAGUAACUUUUUCUUCAAAAUCUUUACAAAAAUCCUUGCUACUCUUUUGGGUAAGGUCUUGGAUAAAUUUGUCUCAGAGGAACAGGUUGCCUUUAUGAAAGCUCGUAUUUCUGUUCUUUUGAAUGGUAGUCCUGAAGGCUUUUUCAGUAUUAAUAGGGGGAUCCAUCAAGGGGAUCCCCUUUCUCCUCUUAUUUUUGUUUUGAUAGAGGAUGUUUUGAGCAGGAAUACUCUGAAAUUGUUCAAUGAAGGCAAGAUGAUUCAUAUGGUUACUCGUAAGGGCAUCUCUCCUACUCAUCUAUUCUUCGCUGAUGAUAUUAUGAUUUUUUGUAAAGGUACUUUAGAUAGCGUUCAUAAUCUUGUGGAUUUGCUGGGCGUUUAUCAAAGAGCCUCUGGGCAAACUGUUUGUCGGCAUAAAAGCAAAGUUUAUUAUGGUGGUGGUUCGCUGAACAGGUGUAGAUACCUUACUGAUUUCUUGGGUAUGUCUGUUGCUACAUUUCCAGAUCGUUAUCUUGGAGUUCAGGUCAUGAUAGGCACGGUUCGAUAUAGACAUAUUAGUAAUAUCAUUGACAAGAUAAAAAAUCAGUUGGCUGGUUGGAAAGGUCGUUUGCUCUCUUUUCAAGAUAGAAUUGUGCUUGUAAAAUCUGUCAUUGCUAGCUACUCUAUCCAUAUUAUGGAAGUUUAUAAGUGGCCUCAAAAAUUUGUUUUACAAUGUGAAAGAGCCAUUAGAAAUUUCAUUUGGACUGGUGAUGCUAAUACAAGAAGAUCCUUUAUGGUUGGCUACGAUAAGGUUUGUAUAUCUUAUGAAGAAGGUGGUCUUGGUCUUACUAGUAUGACAGUGAUGAAUAAAGCUUUAAUCAUGAAUCUUUGGUGGCAUAUUAGUACUUCUAAAAAGAAAUGGGCUAAAUAUCUCAUUUCCAAGUUCUUUGGCCGAAAUGGAGCUUUGAAACGUACUGGUAUUAAGUCCACAAUUUUACCGGGCAUUCAUUGGGUUUAUGAUCAGGUGGAGGAAAAUACCAAAGCCUUAAUUGGAGAUGGUCGCUCCACUUCCUUGUAUUUUGACAUUUGGUGUGCAGAUGAGAGUAUUGCAAAUAUUCUUCAAAACUAA